AGUAAUAGACCUAUAUCAAUCAACAAUCACACAAACGACAAACGUGGAAACUUCGUCGUCCGUUGAAAAACGUUAAUUAUUAGCAGUUGUUUUUCUUAUCAAAUCUUUAAAAAAUGUUUGACACUGGAAAAUUUAUUAAAGAAGUUGAGCAUCGCCCUAUCAUCUACAACACACAAAUUGAAGGCUACUAUAACAGAGAAUUGAAGCAGAAAUGUUGGUUUGAAAUAGGAAAUGCAAUGUUCGAUGAUUGGGAAACACUUGAUUCUGAAGAACAAUUCGACACAGUUGUGGAUCUGAUGAAGAAGUGGAGGUUUAUUAGAGACGCUUUUGUGAGGAAUUACAAGGCGACAGUUUUGAAACCGAAAAACAAUCAACAUAGGAGGAAGUAUGUAUUUUUCGACCAAUUACAGUUCCUUCUACCAGUCACCAAGGGACUCAAAAAUGUUCAGUCUUCAAAUGAUGAUAAUAUGGACUGUUCACUAUCUGCACCAAACAUGAGUGCGUUCUCAGAUAAUUCAAAUAAUGAUUGUGAUAAAAUUGGUGCUAAAAGAGCGAGAAUGAUCUUUCCACAGAAAGUCCUAAGUCAUACUGAUAGUGUGCCCAAAAUAAAGUCUCCGGGCAAAUCUCUUCUGGAAAAUACCAAAGAUUCGCACAGUCAGCUAAUAAGUAUUAGAAGAGAGGAGAAGCGUGAUCCAGAGAUUUCAGACGAGUAUGGUCACAGCUCAUUCCUCGCCUCUUUUCUUCCAAUGUUGUGUGGUAUGCCUAUCAAUAGAGCAAUGCACGUUAGACUACACAUUUCUGAAAUUUUCUCUGAACACUUCAUUCAAAAAGGCUGCAAACAACCUCAUUGAUAAUGAACUCACUCACCUUAAAAUUGUGAUAUCUCUAAAAUGAAUAACAAUUUCAAUGUUUAUUACUGAAAUAAUUUAAGACAGUCAAAAUAGACGUAGAAAUCGUAUUCAUAAUAGAUUUUUCCAUAAAAAUUAUGAAUAAUGACUGAGUGAGUUGCAGCUUACAAGUAACAGAGGAUUACUGAAAAUUUAUUUAUUUUUCGAGCUUGUCUUCUUUGAAUUUAUCGCUAUAAUAGUUUAUUUGGUGUUUGUAAUGAAAACUGUGUUCAAUCAUUGUUACCGUAUCCAUUUUUUUAUAGCUUUGACUUCCAUAGCAUAUGGAAAACUAGCCAAUUUUUAGUUUAAAAAACUUGGGAUUGCAUUCAUUAUUCAUUCUUUUUCGAAUACAAUUAGUUGAUAAUCAACUUGUUGAAUAAAUGUUGAAAUACUUGUUGAAACAAA